AUGGCCCGAGAUAUCUUCCCGCUUAAACAAGGUUCGGCGGACCGGCUGCUGCCAGCAACAUAUAUCCAUGCUAUAUUAUCACAAUGGCUGGCGAUAUUGAGAGCCCACUCUGUUGACCCAAUUGACGAAGGACAUUCAUUGAUUACCGAAAAGAUUUCGAUUACAAGAAAGCAGGAGCAGGAGCAGGAGCAGGAGCAGGAGCAGGAGCAGGAGCAGGAGCAGGAGCAGGAGCAGGAGCAGGAGCAGGAGCAGGAGCAGGAGCAGGAGCAGGAGCAGGAGCAGGAGCAGGAGCAGGAGCAGGAGCAGGAGCAGGAGCAGGAGCAGGAGCAGGAGCAGGAGCAGGAGCAGGAGCAGGAGCAGGAGCAGGAGCAGGAGCAGGAGCAGGAGCAGGAGCAGGAGCAGGAGCAGGAGCAGGAGCAGGAGCAGGAGCAGGAGCAGGAGCAGGAGCAGGAGCAGGAGCAGGAGCAGGAGCAGGAGCAGGAGCAGGAGCAGGAGCAGGAGCAGGAGCAGGAGCAGGAGCAGGAGCAGGAGCAGGAGCAGGAGCAGGAGCAGGAGCAGGAGCAGGAGCAGGAGCAGGAGCAGGAGCAGGAGCAGGAGCAGGAGCAGGAGCAGGAGCAGGAGCAGGAGCAGGAGCAGGAGCAGGAGCAGGAGCAGGAGCAGGAGCAGGAGCCCAGGGACGGGCACUACCGAAAGGAGACAGGAGACGGAGAUCAGGAUAGGACACAGGACACAGGACACAGGACACAGGACACACACAGGACACAGGACACAGGACACAGGACACAGGACACAGGACACAGGACACAGGACACAGGACACAGGACACAGGACACAGGACACAGGACACAGGACACAGGACACAGGACACAGGACACAGGACACAGGACACAGGACACAGGACACAGGACACAGGACACAGGACACAGGACACAGGACACAGGACACAGGACACAGGACACAGGACACAGGACACAGGACACAGGACACAGGACACAGGACACAGGACACAGGACACAGGACACAGGCAGGGAGGGCAUUGACGCGCGAGAUCUCUUACGGGGAUAUUCAUAUGAAAUCAUAUGA